CGAGGUGACGUCCAAGCGUUCGGUCCUACGUAAACACAGAACCCUGGUUGUAGGUUCCAAGUGCAGUAAGUGACAAUUGCUAGGCGGGCACAAUUCAGUGAAGAAAGACCCAAGAAUAGAUCGGACUGGCGGGAGGUAGUUCAUUGAAAGGAAUCUCUGCCCCACUGCUGCAACCAAACCAGAUGCCUUCUUCCACUUCACCAGACCGAGAAGAUGACCUGGAGGCCUGUGUUUUAAGAUUUUCGGACCUGGAUUUAAAAGACACAGGUCUUAUCGAUCCCAGUAGCCAUCUUAAAGCGCAGUUAGAUCACAGUACAAAGAAGAAAUACUCCUUUGGAAAGAAAAAGGCAUUUGCUCUUUUCGUCAAAACCAAGGAAGUACCAGCAUCUGCCUUUGAAUGUAAAGAAAAAUGGUGGAAGUGUUGUCAACAACUAUUUAAGGACAAGAUCGGCAUCCAUAGACAUGUGGCAACACAGCAUGCUGAUGAAAUUUGUCACCAGACUGCUUCUAUUUUAAAGCAGCUGGCUGUGACAUUAAGCUCUUCAAAGAGUCUUAAGUCUUCAGACAAAAGGGACCUUCUGAAAGAGUACCUCACUCAUGACCAUGACGUGUCUGCUUGGCUUCCUGAUACAAGCUGCUUUAGUCCCGAUAAGCUGAUAGGUGGCCAGGGCAUUGAUGAAGGGGAGGUGCUACUUUAUUACUGCUACUGUGACCUAGAGGAUCCCCAUUGGAUCUGUGCCUGGCAGACAGCUCUGUGUCGGCAUCUGCAUCUCACGGGCAAGGUUCGAAUUGCUACAGAAGGAAUCAAUGGGACAGUUGGUGGAAGCAAAUUGGCCACCAAACUCUAUGUGGAAGUCAUGCUUUCCUGUCCAUUGUUUAAGGAUUAUCUUUGUAAGGACGAUUUUAAGACCAGCAAAGGAGGAGCUCACUGUUUUCCAGAAUUGCGUGUUGGUGUAUUUGAAGAAAUCGUGCCUAUGGGGAUUAGCCCCAAUAUGAUCUCCUACAAGAAGCCUGGAAUCCAUUUAUCCCCAGGUGAAUUUCAUAAAGAAGUGGAAAAGUUUUUAACUCUGGCAAGUCAAGAACAAAGUGAUACUAUCCUACUGGACUGCAGAAAUUUCUAUGAAAGCAAAAUAGGACGAUUCCAGGGCUGCUUAGCCCCAGACAUCAGGAAAUUCAGUUACUUCCCUAGCUACGUUGACAAAAACCUAGAGCUUUUCAGAGAUAAGAGGGUGCUGAUGUACUGCACUGGGGGCAUUCGUUGUGAGCGGGGUUCAGCCUACCUCAAAGCCAAGGGAGUGUGCAAGGAAGUGUUCCAGCUCAAAGGUGGCAUCCACAAGUACCUGGAAGAGUUUCCUGAUGGUUUUUACAAAGGGAAGUUGUUUGUUUUUGAUGAACGCUAUGCCCUUUCCUACAAUAGUGACGUAGUGUCAGAAUGUUCAUACUGUGGAGUCCAGUGGGACCAGUAUAAACUCUGUUCAACUCCCCAGUGCUGCCAACUUGUUUUGUCUUGCCCUGCCUGCCAAGGACAAGGGUUCACAGCCUGUUGUGUCACAUGUCAGGACAAAGGGAGUAGGCAGGCUUCAAGCCCAGCACAGAACAGCUUUAAAGAGGAAUGUGAGUGUACGGCCCGACGGCCACGCAUACCCAGGGAACUUUCACUGCAGGCACGACUCCUUGUGAACAGAGAGCCAGGGUCUGAUCUUGGUGAGGAAGUGCAUUUGCUUAUGUGAGCAGCACCUUCAGCAUUUUCCCCAGUCCUUCACAAAGCUAGGUUUGGGGCAACCAUGUGUAGGAGAAUAUCAAGGCUGCAGCAACAGAGAAAUGGAGAACUUCAGUACUGGCUAAUGCCACCAGGGCCCACUGGUCACCAUAUUGGGCACCUACACUUCACAGGGGGAAGGAAGAGGAGGAGGGGAGAGGGAGUUGGGUGCUAUCUGACCACUUGCCUGAGAUAUUUUGACUCAGAAGAUACUAGAGCACAGUAAAAUGGUGAGUUGUGUGGGAUCCCAUAGCUGCUGAGGGAUAGAGUCUUGAGCCUGGUGACCAUGUCCUGCCCUUUCUCUGCUAUAUAACAGGGCUGUUGGUAGACAUUACUCUUGUCAUCAAACCUGUCAGUCCUAGUAUCAGAAAUGUGAAAGCUGUGACCCUGGGAGUGGACUUCUCUGAACCAGGCCACUUAAGUCAUCUGCCACCCAGCCCUGCCUCCAUCUUGUUCUGACAACCUGAGAGCAUCUAGACCAGGGGUCUAGACCAUGGCAUUUGGCCCACUUCCUGUUUUUGUAAAUAAAGUUUUAUUGGAACAAA